AUGGCUGCUGCAACAAUUAGAAUUAGAUGGACACGCAGAGUCACCACGGUAAGCCAGGGUAAAGACACCAUGCCAUGUAUUCGUAAGGAUGUACAAUGCACGGCCGCGGAUCACUUUCCGGUUGCUAGCAGCGUUUCUGGAAGUCUGGAAGAUAGGGCGAGGGUAACGAAAAGAUUGGGUGGAUUGUCGAACCGCAUCUCUGGUGUUUUGCAAAUGCGCUCGCCGGGUUCCAGCCUGUCGGGGAAGCAAAUUGGUCGCGGCGUAGGUGGACAUGGUGACGCUGUCUUGGAGGUUAGUGAGUCUAGAGUCUAG